AUGGAUAAUAAUAAUAAUCCAAAUAAUAAUAAUCCAAAUAAUAAUAAUAAUAAUAAUAAUAAUGAUUAUAAUAAAUGUCAUUAUCAUCCGACUAAUGAAAUAAAUUUAAUUUGUUUAGAAGCAGAGUGUAAAUUAAUGCCAUGUUGUGUAGCUUGUAUGUCAAUUAGUGGGAAACAUCAUAGACAUAGUUUUGAUUUAGUUAAUAAUUGUAUUUCAAAAAUUAUUGAUAAUUUUAAAAAAAUAUAUCCAAAUAUUUCAAAAAGAAUUAAUGAUUAUAAAGAAUUAUCAGAAAAAUCAAAUUCGAUUCAUUCAAAUUCUAAAUUAGAUUUUUAUAAAAAUAUUGCUCUUAAUGAUAAAGUUUUUGCAAAUUUAAUUAAUACUUUAAGUUCAAUUCAAAGAAAUAUAAAAAAUGAAUUACAAACAAAUCAAGAUAAAAAUUAUGAACUAAAUUCAAAUGAAUCUUUACUAAUAACUAAUAAUAGUCAAAUACUUUCAAAUAUUUUAAAUAAUGUCUCAAUUGAUCAUUUGGAUGAUUCAAUUAAUAAUGAUAAUAAUGAUAAUAUUAAUUUAGUUAAAUAUUAUCAACAAUCUUUAGAAGUUUUAAAUGAUGAAAUCAUUGAAAUUGAUUAUCAAAAUUCUUUACUAACUUUCGAUCUUCAACUAAUUGAAGAAUUAAAAGAAAAUUUUAAAAAAAUUUAUUCAAUUAAUCAAUCAGAUAAUAUUAAUAUUGAAGAUGAAGAAGAAGAAGAGGAUGAAAAAUUUAAGAUUGGAAUUGAUGAAAAUGGCAAUGGGUUUGUAAAGAAUGAAAAUAAAAAGUAUUAUAUUUAUUCAGAGAAUAGUGAACAAGAAGAUAAAGAUUCAGUUGCAUUUGGAGAAGAUUGUGGUAAUUUAUUAAACAUUAGAUCAAAUAGAGUAUUGAAGAAUGUAAUGUUGUUAGAUGGAUUUAAAGAGAGUUUAGGAGUUGGUGUAUUACCAGAUAGUAUUGAAUAUUUGGAGAUAUGUGAUAUUAAAACACCUUUGGUGGUUGGAUCAAUACCAUCAAGUGUAAGAACAUUGGUAUUAAAUGAUGGAUUUAGUCAACCAUUAGAACCUGGUAUUAUACCAUCAAGUGUAAAAAGUUUAGAUUUACAUAAUAUUAAAAAUCGAUUAAAUGUUGGUUCAAUUCCAAGAUCAGUUGAAAAUUUGGUUUUAAAUAAUGGAUUUAAUCAACCACUUUUAGUUGAUGUAGUAUCGUUAAUAUCAGAUGGUGUAAAAUUUUUAACAUUACAUAAAAUUAAAAGCCAAUUAAAGGUUGGCUCAAUUCCAAAAACAGUAAAGAAAUUAAGUAUUGGUGAUGGAUUUUCACAAUAUUUGGAAAGUGGAAUUGUUCCAAAUGGUGUAAUUACAUUAUAUAUUAAUAAUAUUAAACAACAGUUACAAAUUGGAUCAAUUCCAACUUCUGUAAAAUUUGCAACUUUUGGUGAAGGAUUUAGUCAAUUGCUUUCACCUGGCAUUAUUCCAAAGGGUGUAAUGAUGUUGUUUUUCUAUAACAUUAAAUGUCCAUUGGUUAUUGGUUCAAUUCCAAUUUCAGUUACAUGGCUAACUUUUUAUAAUGGUUUCAAUCACUCAAUAUCACCUGGUAUAAUCAGUAAAGGUGUGGAAAGAUUAUUAUUACAUGAUAUUAAACAACCAUUAGAAAUGGGUUCAAUACCAACAACAGUAACUCACAUCGUACUUGAAGAUGGAUUCAAACAAGCACUAACACCAGGAAUCAUUCCAAAUUCAAUAAAAGAAUUAACUUUAAAAAAUGUAAAUCUUCAAUUAGUUGAAGGUUCAAUACCAAGACAAAUUCCAAGAAUUAUUUUAAAUAAUUUUAAUGAAUCAUUAGAAAAUUAUAAUAACAAUAACAAAUGUUCAUUUCAUCCAAAUAAAAAUUUAGAACUUUUAUGUUUUAAUUGUAAAUUUAUUCCAUGUUGUAUGCACUGUAUUUCUCAACAUGGUGAACACCAUGGUCAUAAAACAAAUUGUAUAGAUUCAAUUGAAACAUCAAAUAUUCUCAAAAUGAUGAAUUUAUUUAAAAAUGAUAUUAUUCCAAAAUUAAAAGAAAUAGUUGAAAAUGAUAAACAAAUAAUCAAUAAAUCUGAAAAUAUUUAUAAUGAAAUUAAUCAACAAUAUGAAAAUAAUAAAAUUUUAGUAACAAACGAAUUUAAAAAGUUUCAUACAUUAAUUCAAAUUAAUCAAUUAGAUAUUGAAAAUCAAUUAAGAACAACAUUUGAUGAAAAUACAAUAAUAUAUACUAUUAUUAAUUCAUCAAUCAAUAAUAAUAAUAAUUAUAAUAUUAAUGAUGAUAAUAAUUAUGGUAUUAAUAUAGAAUCAAUAGGUAAUAAAUUAGAUAAUCUCAAUGAUACUCACUUACAAUAUUAUUUUAAUUUUUUAUUUUUUAUUCAUCCCUUUUUUAUUAUAUUUUAG